ACCGACUUCCUCUGUCCCAAGGAGAGGAUUGGGACCAGUUCCCAUGGGAAAGAUAGGAACCAGUUCCUGCCCCAUGGGAAAGAUUGAGGGAAUGUUUUUCUCUCCUGGUAUCGUUCAUGACCGGAGCAGGAGGGGGAUGAUGGAUGGGAUGCCUUGCUUCUCCUCUGCACAUAGUUGGAGUAGUUGGAGAUGAAUAACAGACUACCACAUAGAUAAAUAAUACACAACCACGUUGGUGCGGAAUGGUGGUGAACACUAGAGAAUAAUUGGACUUCGACUUUCUCAGUGACUGUUUGCUGUCCUCUGCCUGGGAGCAGAAGGGAUGGGAUGUUUCUACGUCUCCCACGUAUGAUAAGCUGCACAUGCAUCAGUGUGGCAUGCUGGUGGGCACUGCUGGAUGCUUGAGAGACGUGCCUUGCAACUCUCGUUCUCACCUCGUUUUUGGCGUCCUUCAGGCUGGGAGCAGGAGGGAUGGGAUGACUCGCCUCUUCUGAACAUGAUAAGAUAUGGAGAAAUAAGGCGCAACGAAAUGACAUGUUGGUGGACACCAUAGGAUGCUUCCCAGGCAUAUCCUGCUGCUCAUCUCUCUCUCUCUCUCUCUCUCUCUCUCUCUCUCUCUCUCUCUCUCUCUCUCUCUCUCUCUNCUCUCUCUCUCUCUCUCUCUCUCUCUCUCUCUCUCUCUCUCUGUGCAUACCUCGUCUCCUGGGUAGCCAGUGCAAGUCUGUGAUCAGUUUAAUAUCUGAUCCUAAAAAAAAAAAAAAAAAAAGGGAGUCUCUCGACACUUGACUGUGAGUGUGCGGUGAUGACCGUUCAUGUGAGAUGAUGGACAAACGGAUCUGCGGUCCAUGUGAGAUGGCAGACAAACGGAUGUGAGCGUUUAUGCGAGAUGGGGGACAAAUGUGAGAGCAGGUGGAGGACAUCACGCAUGUUGGAGGACAUGGACGCGGCUGUAUUGCUGGAUGACAAGGCAAUUUCCAUCCCCGCAAGUCUCAAAGUCUGUCGGUGAGCCAAAUGACAGCGUGCUUUCUUCCCACUGAUUGUUGGAGCACACAGACGUUGCUGUACUGCUAGAUGACGUGGCAAUUUAUGACAUCUGUCACAGCUCGGUGUCGCAGGUUUAUCUCCUCUCUCACGGCAUCGCUGUGUUUCAAUGAUAUCACCAAGCUCCAGACCAACCUCGUGCCAUGUCCUCGUAUUCGCUUCAUGCUCUACUCGUACGCCCCAGUCAUUUCCGCAGAGAAGGGCUGUGGAAACAACUGGCACGUAUGAGGAGUGCAUGAAGUGAAUAUGAGGACACGGCACGAGGUUGGUCUAGAACUCAGUGGUAUCCACAUUUACUACUACAUUGAAAUGCAACGAUUCCGUGAGAGAGGAGAUAACCUGCAACGCCAACUGGUUAAAGCUUGUGUAAGUAGGACGCUCGAUGUCAAGCCAGUGGCGCCAAACACCAUAAAUUGCCUUGAUAUCUAGCAAUACAGCAAGGUCCGUGUGCUCCUUCCAACAACCAAUGGGAGCAAAACAUGCUGUUGUAGGGCUCAACGACAGACGUUGAGACUCACGGAGACAGAUACACCAUGAAUCCCGCGCUCGAGAAGAAGAGAACCAAGCUCGAAGCCAGUGCCUCCAUCAACGGCAUUGAACAUUAAGAAAGAACCCCUGCAGACCUGUGCAUUUAUCUGUGCCAACUUUCGACUUCUUCUGUCCAAGCACAGGUCGACAAUCUCCUUGCCAAUUGUGUAAAGACUGCGAGCUAAGUUGUUCGCAGCAUCCUCGUUCCCGCUGAUGAGCUGCUAUGGAUGGAAGAGUUGCCUGUGCGUGCCAGCCCUCAUCUCAUCAAUGACAGUUGACUCCGAGUCCGAAAAGACAGCUCGAGCCACAUGCUUUCCUGCUCCCGUCUCACUGAGCAACGUGUCGAACGUGUCGUCGCCGAAUCUGGUGUCUGAUGGCCUCAACACUUGGCGUCUAGCCAUCUGGAAGAAUCCCAUGCUCCAAGCAAUACAAUUUCCAGCUGGCAUUCCCAGCCUGGAUGCCAGCCUGGCCGAUGUGAAGCAAAAUACACUCCCUCAUGGGGAAAAGCCGCCGACAAAAAUCCUGUAACCUAAAACAGAACCCCGUCCAGAGCAAACACGAGAACUACCCGCCGAGUACAAUGAUGUACACAUGUGUCUACGGAGCAAUCUUUACUUGUCAAUAGAAAUUCGACAAGCGGCCUCGACUCUGAUAGUCUUGAAGAAAGCGCAAGGGUGGGCGAACCACCCGAGGGCGAAUACCAGAUGAAGACCGAGCGAAAGACAUGUUAGUAGCAAAAGAGCGAACUAGUCGCCCACAGAAAGGGUGACAAUGAAAAAAAAGUUAAAAAAACUAAGAUGGAGUGGAGUGUACAAGUACUGCAGCUACUGCUGGAUCGAGAUGACGUGAUGAAGACAGCAUGAGGUUCCACUGCACCGUCAAGCUACCGUGAGACAGCCGCCAUACCACGUGAGGGAAGAAAAAAAAAGAAGUGGCGCAUCCAGAUUCGUAUCACCAACAUAAGAGCCGGACUGCGUACGAAAAAUGCCUUGUUUUUGUUUAUUCUGAUUUUGGGAAGACUGAGCUUUCAGGGAUGGAAUGAUUGGAAUCGUGUUAUGUCAUCCGGUUGCUAUGGUAUUAGGCGUCAGCAAAUGGUCGCGAUUUGAUGUCAUAACGCUCUGCGGCAUGAUGGCUGUUGGUUGUUCGAUUGGAGCAGCUCACAUUGUGUGCACGUACCUGGUCAAACUGGUGAUGUAAGUUCAUUCAGUGUUGUUCAUGUAAUGACCCAAGCGUUGCUGAAGAGUUUACCGUGAGUGACGUUCUUGGUUGUUGGUGAUGCGGCCAGCUUUUGAGAUUACACAUGUGCCAUUCUAUUGGAACAGCGAAGGCAAAACUACUACAACAAAAAGGCGCAAUUCUAUCCGUGUGCUGAGUGUUUGCCAUCAGGGAGGUGGGUGAUUUUCAUUGCCUGCACUGGCACUGUUUUUUUUUCCAUCUGGCAGUUUGGAGCAUCGAGCUUCGUCGGGAUCUGUCGUCCAUCCGCUUAAUGUCAUUUGGCCUAUCGAAUCGUCGAAUCAUUGAUAAGUAUGAUGGCGUAUCUAAUGUGGACAGAUGGGCUCCAGUGCGCAAGACACAAGCAACCAAUUAUGGCCUAUGGAUGGGCAUCAUCAAUGUGGAUUUGUUACGCUGGCGUUGACGGUGGUGAUGUAUCGGAAUGCGGGGUUCGCAGUUCUAGUGUGCUGGGAAGAGAUCCGGAGGAUUCGUUGUGAAUUGUCAUAUUGAGGAUUCUGGUCUAGAGAUUGUAGAUAAUUCUCUUCGGAUUGUUAAGACAUUCGUCGACAAUUGGAUUUUUAUUUAUUUAUUUUUUUUCCCUUAACGAGUUUGUAAAGAUUCGUCAAUAAUUGUCGUCGGAGUUUUUAUAGAUUCGUCGAUGAAUUCUCGUUGGAGGUUUUGAAAGACAGAGGUGGUAUUGUCAUAAAGUAUGCAUGCUCCUCUGUAAAGUGCUCGAUUCUGACAAACAGAAGAAAACAAAAGGGCAGAGGAGUUUGACAUCAACUAUGGGGUUCGGCUUCUUCGACAAUCGUUAUCGGAGAUGGGAAAUCCCAAGAAUGGUUUGUGUAGUGGAUGUCUGAGGAGCGGUUCGAGCGUGUGUGUUGUUACACUGUAAAAGUAGGGGAGGGAGAUGAGUGGUGGUCCAUCAUUGAGGGUGUAAGCAAUAGCUAUAUAUAGAUAAUGUAUAGUAAUGAAAUCCUGAUGAGUCG